AUGGGAUCCGGCUAUCUGGGCCUCGACCCAGUGUUGCCAUCUGUGGGUAUUGGUGCGCCGCUGGCGUACCAGCCGUACACACCUUUUGACAACAGUGCAACCGAGCGGCAGCUUGCCGACCUGUUCCCCAACCAUCUCGACAUGCUGAACGUGCCGGGGCUGCCUCAGAUCGAUCCGUAUCAUGCAGUCUUUCAGGAAGACCCACUCUUUGGCCCUAGCGUUGAGGAAGGCCAGGAGGGCGAGGAGAAACCCCGCUCCAAGAUGCAGGAAAAGAACAGACGGGCUCAACGCAGAUUUCGCGAGAGGCAGAAGACCAAGUUCACAGAGCUCACUGGCAAGGUGGAGGAGCUGGAGGGGCGCCUGGGGGAGCUGUUGUCAGAGAAAGCCAGGCUCGAGGAUCGCACCACCAUUCUGGAACACACUCUGGAGAUGCGCAGGGCGACCAGUGGCGAAACAGACGACUCCUUGGCGCGUCGCUUCAGCUCUGUGGAAUUGAGCGACACUGGAGCUUCCAGUUCCAGCCCGGCAGGGCAUGUGCCCAGCCCUCUGCCGCAUGGAGCCCUGAUGGCUCCCGGGCUGAGCGAUGACCUGGCGGAGGGCAGCGUGAGGUUCUUCCACGAUGAACUCCGCCUGAGCCUGCCCUUCAACGGCGAGCACACCCUCACCCUCGAGGACCUCAAGAAGACCACCCCGCGAGACAUCAUCUGCAUCUACGAGCAAUAUGUGGAGGAGCUGAGGAGCUGCCUGCAGGUGGAGGCCGCGCACCAGCCGCUCACUCCUGCGGCUGUCAGGGUUGUCAAACUCGCAAACGAAAUCAGCACUCUGCUGCUGCGUGCGUGGGCACUGAACCCGGUGGCUAUGCGGCAGAUGCACCAGCAGCUGAGCGCCCACGCUGAGGAGCGCACCCCUGACGCCCGCAAUGAGCACCGUCGCAUCGCGGCAUGCCUGCGGCUGACGGAGGAGCAGCGCGAGAAGCUGGUGGCGGUGACUGCGCGCUUCCAGCACCAGCGCAGCACUCUGCUGACUCAGCGCCAGGGCAUCUACGCGCGCCUGCAGCGCCCCUCCGACCACGUCAAUGUCACCCAGGAGGCCAUUGACGAGUUCCUCAGGGCGCACGAUGCGAUGAAGAUGCUGAAAAUAAAUCUGUGCCAGGAGCACUGGGAGACUCUGAGCUACGGCAGCACGGCAACGCAGCUGCUCACACCCUGGCAGAUGGCCACUCUGCUCGUGGAGUCAUACCCUCAAUGGUAUGAUUUCCUGGCUCUGGCAGAGGUGCUGGAUGAGAAGUGA